AAAAGUAUGGACCACAGCUUAGGGGUUUUUGUUGGAGAAUCUUUUAAUGACAUUUUCCUAAUGGAAAAUUGACAGCUCCAUUGUUCUGUUUUAACUUCUUGGUUGGGUGAUCAGAUUACUAUUAAUUUGUUCAUUUGCAUGUGUAACACCCCUGCAGUUGGUCUUCAAGAUCGCGUGGCAUCAGUAAAACCAUCAAUUCAUCAGUCCGAAGCUAAAGGAUGUUGGAUUAGUGCUGUGGUGAAAAGUCAGAUAGGCCAAACCAAUACUCUCUAGCUAUGCAGUCACAGUCAGGAUUAAUAAAAGAAGUGAAGUCAGAAAUUGAAGAUGUUGCACCUGAUAUUAUUCAAGGAGGUACUGAUGAAGGUCCUCAUACUACUGUCGUUCAAGAGACCAAUGUUUGUCCCUCGAUACAAGAAGGACGAACGACUGGCUGUAGAGUGAUUUCCAUUGUUGGCUCAACCGCAGAAAACUCACCAAAUGAACUAGUCCUCAAAUUCGGGGUUGAUAUAACAAUAGAAAAAGCCUUUUUUCAAGUAGAAGUAAGGAUGUCGGCGGAGAACAAUGAAAUACCACCACCACCUGUGAUUCCAAGACUUUUGGCCCGGAUUUCACAUAGGAGGCACAGUUCAAGAAAAAGGAAUUCCCCAGAUUUCUUUGUUCCCACCCUGUUUGGCCCUUCUCCAAGAUUACAUGGCGAGGGUUUAGGACGUGGUCCAGGUCGCCGUCCAAAACAAAGAUCAUAUGAAAGUUCAGCCUCACAACCUUUGCGGCGUGGUCCUGGUUGUCCUCAGAGAAAGAGAUCAGAUGUGCCAACAAAUGCUCCAGACGUAGUUCUCUCACCUCCUGUGCCACCAACUGGAUCAAACGGAAAUAUUCCUGAGCUAGUUCCCCCACCUCCUGUGCCACCAUUGGGAUCAAUCGGUGAUACGCCUUUACAAAUUCCAUGUGAUAAAGAGGAUGAUCAGAGAGAGACAAAGUUAAAAGCUGAAUCCUUUAUCAAGACUGGAGACACCUAAACAAACACAUUCUUCCCAAAGCCCAAAUGCCUGAAAAAUCGAAAAAAGUGGUGACUGAUGAAGUCCAGUCUGUGUUGGUGUCUCAUCUCACUUCUGGGACGACGACCAGCGUGGAUGACAUGGUUAAUUUUACCAAUUCUGCUUUCUCCACAUUGAAUUGGAUCGGUGCUGAUUAUGGCUCAUUCUACGAAGAUGUUAAGAACAUGAUUUCUUAAAAAUAUGAUUUGUUCAUUGCAGAGAGAGAUGGAAAUAUGUGUUCUGUUUCCGACUUGGAGAAACAAGGUUUAGAUGCUGUUCUUCGUGCGUAUAAUAUUGAAAAGGAAAUCAAAAAUACUCAAGCAAAACAGGAAAAGGAUAAGGGAAGAAGGAACAUUUGAUGAUAGAAAUAGAACUUGAAGAAAAAUGUUUCGCGAAUUGGAACAAGCGAUUUCCACAUUGGAACGAGAGGUUGCUAAUAUUGAACAAGAUGAGAAGUGCACGAAAGAUGAGGAGCAAAAGCAUAGAGCAGCCCAUAGGAUUGCACAAGCUGAGGUAGAAAAGUUCAGUACCCAAGCAGAGGCAGCUAGAGUAGUGCUGAGGGAUAUUGAGCAGCGCAAGAAUGAAGCUCUCCAAGAGAUUGAAUCCAUCACUCGAAGGCUACUGUCUUAUGUAAAUGGAGAGAAGUAAACAUGGAAUGAUGGUAAUGCAUACUUGUAUGUAAGUCUCUCUAGUUGAAAAUGUUUUAUGUUUGGGAUCUAGCAAAGUAGUACCAAUUUUCAAUAUUUAGGACCUCUCUUCUA